GAAAUUUAAUGCAAACUGUUUCUGUUUUUUUUCAACUUAAAUUUUUAUUGAAAUCUAAUUGAAACCACCUCCGUGAAUCAUCAAUAUCUGACACAAGUGUGAUUGUCUGUCUAAUACAUAAACUAAAAACUAUUGGUAAGGUCUAAAACAUAUUGGAAUAUUAUUAGUUUAAAAAGAGUAAAUAACAAAUAUGAUUCACGAUGCGCUAUUAAUCCUUUGGGAUUGCUCACACACGGUGGAAGGACAGAAAGAGCUUGUAACAUACGCCAACCAAGGAGAUCCAGAAAUGUUUGCCAGGAUUACCAACAUAGCCAAGAGCCACCAUAAAAUUCAACGUUUUGUUGAAGCUACUGGAUUCCGCUCCAGAAAGGCUCAUAUGGGUCUCAAACUAUGUGGCCUGUACUCGCAAGCUCUCAGCGAAGGUUUUGCAGAAGUUCUACAAUCAUACAAACAAAAUCUAAUGGAAGUGGAGAGCCUAGUGAUUGGGAACCAUAAUUACACUCUAUCAUUUGUAUACAGCUAUGUAGAGAAGUACCAAGGACUGUUUAACACUUUAAAUAAGAUUAUAUCCACUAUUGAACACCGGAAACUAACUGGAUGCCAGAUAUUGAGUUUACUGCAUCAGUAUAUUUUGAAUGGCAGUGAACAAGUUCGAGAAGCCAUUCUAAGAAUAUUCUCCUGUGUGAAUAAAGUAUUUGUUAAUCAGCUCUGCACCUGGCUCUUGUAUGGAGAACUAAAAGAUCCGUACCACGAGUUCUUUAUACUGAACAAUCAGGCGCAAGAUCCUUCUGAUACAUUUCUGUCUUCCCCAUCCUCUACAAAUACUUGUGAUAAGUCACUUGUUUCUACUCUCCAAGACACGACCUUAGAAUGCGGAUAUGCUCUAAACACCAGUAUGAUUCCAUACUUUGUUCCUCUCUCCCUUGCACAGGAGAUUUUGUUCAUCGGCAAGACUAUCAUUUUGUUUGGCUUCGAUCCUAAGAAAGUGAAGAAAAAUAGCUCGUUUGUUGCUAGUAGGACUUUAUUACCUUUGCAGAAGUGUGGGGUGGAAUCUAGAAGGUUCACAAUCUGGGAAGACAAGGAGGCAGAAUUCCAUGAGAAGUUGCAAAAACUUAAAGACCCUGAAGUGUUUGAAGUUUGCAAUCUGAGAGGUGUCAUCAGGGAGAUUAAGGAAUGUGUUACUAAGCAUCUCUGGACAGUGGCAGUAGAGGAAGCGCAGUUAAUACACGAACUGAGACUGAUGAAAGACUUCUACCUGCUUGGACGAGGUGAACUGUUUCUGGAGUUAUUAAGACUUACUGCUCACAUGCUGGACAAACCCACAGCAAGGACUUCUACUAGAGAUAUGAACCACGCGUUCCAGUUGGCGGCAAGAGCAGUGUUUCUCAGUAACAGUGCGGAUAUCGAGAAGUUCAGCUUCGAACUGCCGUAUGUGAAGCCAAAUGUCUCAGCUAACACGAGUAUUGAAGAUGACAGUACUACCGUGGCAGAUGGCUGGUCCAGUAUAAUCCUGAAAUAUGACUUCAAAUGGCCACUACACCUCUUGUUUACGCCAGAAGUACUAGCUCGGUACAACGAUAUGUUCCGUCUCUUGUUACGAAUAAAGAAGACGCAACAUGACUUGCAUGCGCUUUGGAAAACUUAUAAGCAGUCAACUAGCUUCCAAAUGUGCCAGUUACACAAUAAGUUAAUGUUCCUGAUGGACAACCUACAGCACUAUAUGCAAGCAGAUGUACUAGACACCAACUUCUCCCGUCUCAUGGACGCGGUGCACAAGACCAAUGACUUCGAGAAACUUAAGAAGGCACAUGCAAACUUCCUAGCUGAUGUACUCAGCCAGUCGUUUCUUACUGUUACUUCUUCAGGUGAGAGCGACAGUUCAGAUUUGACAGACUCUCUGAACAAUCCAGUGUUCUGCAAUAUCAUGGAGCUGCUGAAGCUGUGUCAUUCAUUCUGCGGGAUGAACGACACUGUCGAUGAUAAGGAGGCCGAGGACUAUUACAUCAAGGGGUAUUCUGAUCGAUUCAGCAAGCUAGUCAAACAGCUAAUGCAGCUACUCGUAUCUCUUCGUGAUCGGCCUUGUGGUGUGUACCUUGCAAGACUUCUAAUGAGACUGGACUAUAACAGGUGGCUCAGUGGAGAGGCGCAGUUGACGCAGUCUGUCACUAAUAUGCUGCGGUACUGAUGAAAUGGAAAUGAGAUUUAUAGAAGAGAAAUAUUUCCUCAUGUAUUUUGAACUUAAUCAGUGCCUUUCUGGAGACAUGAGAUCUCUUUCAUGACCAUUUGCAAGAUGCCAUGCCAUAUGAGUCCAACUUUAUAUCUAUUCUUGAGAAAUAGUCCUAGAUCGCUACAUCACUAAUAUUGUGCCUAAAAUAAUUAAAAAUGCCUAUGAUAUUUAGCAGAAAACACUUAAUAAAACUAUAAUAAUAUGAAAUAACAAUCUCAUAAUGACGUAUUCUGCACAAAGCAAAAAGUGCACCUAGAGAGCAAAAGCGACGCUGACGCCUCUAGGACAGUAAAGAGAGCUAAAAUUACUAUAUCACUAACUGUUGCUCACGUAGCAUAGAUAGCUAGCAUUUAUCUCAACAAUGAAUCUAAUGUACAUACAAUUAAAAUUAGUUAUUUAUAAAUAAAACAACUAUAAAAUGUCA